UGAACAACAAGCGCUGAUCCCAGAACGGCAGACAUGACAUCCCCCGAGCAGAUCAUCGAGAUCGUGAUGGAUGACAAAACGUACAAUGUGAGUAAAAGCAAACUGAUCGAGAAGAGCGAUUACUUCCGCGCGCUGUACAGCUCCGGGAUGCGCGAGUCAGCGGAGGACUCGGUGCAGCUGCGGGGACUGAGCGCGCCGGGGCUCGAGCUGGUGCUGGAGUUCAUCAACACCUCCAAAGUUCAGGUGGCCAACGAGACUCUGGAGGACCUGAUCGAAACCGCAUCCUUCCUGCAGGUCACUUCCAUUUUAAAGCUGCUGCUGUCGGAAAUCAAGCAGGAGAACUGCGUCGAGCUCUUCAAGCUCUCGGACGUCUACGGGAUGCAUGAUCUCAGAAAAGCUUGUUUGAAAUUCAUGAGCUGCUAUUAUCAUCCCAUGCUGCGCAGGCCGGAGUUCAGGAUGUUGCCAGCUCCUCUGCGGGAUCAGGUCCGAGAUAUGCGCAUGAAAGGCACGGCCACUUUAGUUGCAAUAGGAGAUUUCACUGACACCUGUCUGGACUUGGCAAAUCAAGACGAGCCUUGGUCUAUGUUGAGGUAUAAUGAGUUAGAACAACGCUGGAAACCUCUAGCCAACAAUCUUCCUCAGGACAUGAUCAAUGUCCGAGGAUACGGAUCUGCUGUGCUGGACAACUACUUGUUCAUUGUUGGUGGAUACAGAAUGACAAGUCAGGAGAUCUCUGUGGCCCACUGCUACAACCCCUGCAAGAAUGAGUGGAACCAUGUGGCGCCUUUGAACCAGAAGAGAUCCAACUUCAAGCUCCUGGCUGUGAGUGGGAAGCUGUAUGCGGUUGGAGGUCACUGUCUGAGUACGGUGGAGUGUUAUAGUCCAGAGCAGGACUGGUGGACGUGUGUGGCGUCUCUGCCUGAUCCUCUCGCUGAGUUCUCUGCCUGUGAGUGUCAGGGCAUGAUCUACGUCAUGGGCGGUUAUACCUCUAGAGAUAGGAACACCAAUGUACUGCGUUACUGCCCCGCCUCAGACACAUGGUCCGUGUUCCGUUCCUGUUCGGCUCAUGUGCGCAAGCAGCAGAUGCUCUCAGUGGAGGACACCAUCUACCUGGUGGGUGGCUACACACACGAGCUAGAACCUGCAGAACUGGGGCGGCGGAGACUCAGCCAGACGGAGGACAUGCUGACGGUACAGUCCUACAACGUGCAGACGGGAGAAUGGUUGCAGCUUAAGGAAAACACAUCAAAGUCUGGCUUAAACCUCACCUGCACGCUGCACAACGACGGCAUCUACAUUAUGAGCAGAGAUGUCAGCCUGCCCACCAGCCUGGAGCACCGCGUCUUCCUCAAGUACAACAUUUUCUCAGAUGCCUGGGAGGCUUUCAGACGUUUUCCUGCUCUGGGACAGAACAUGCUGCUUUGCUCUCUCUAUUUACCCAAUGUCCUAUGAGCCACAUUGUUCACGCUCUGGGCAUCUGGAGAAGACUGCAGACUGCUGGGAGCACCGAUUUUGUUGUAGCGAGCCCAGCCAGGUCAGAAGUGGCAAGUUUGCUAGAGGUUUACCACAACGCUUUACUAGAUCGGAUUGAUCAACCAACACAAAGAACCUGCAGGAGACAUUAAAGGAAUAAUAUAGCCAAAAAAUGAAAAUUUGGUCAUUAUUUACUCCCCCUCAAACUGUGAGACUUUUAAGAGAGCGUCUGAAACAUUUUUUAACAUUCAGCUUUUGUGUUUCAU